UGUAUGUUCUGUAUUCAUGGCAAUUGCCAUUUUCUGCAAAAGAAAGGAGGGUUCUGCCAUGGCAGACAACUUUUAGACCUGUUCAAGUUGCAGUACAAACCAGCCAACUGAUACAGCGUGCCCUCCACUGUGGACUCCAAAUUUUCCCCUCGGCUCUUUGGUUUCUGGAGAAAGAGAGGCUCCCUGCAUACGCGUUUAUAGCGGCGAAUAUUGUUGGUCUGCUCAUUGCUUCACUGUUCUGAUGUUGAAAUGGUUGAUAUUUGUCAGAAAUGUGGAGACAGAGGUUUUGUUGAGGCUUUAAAUUAUUGUAAAAAAUGCCAGACUUAUCCUAUCCAUCGCUAUUGCUUAGAUGCAUUGCCAAAAACUUUUGAUGAGUAUGUUACUUGGUUUUGUGAAGAUUGUGAGGCAAUCAUGUUGCCAGCAGUAAAAUCUGAUGUCAAGUUAAAAAAGAAAAAGUGUGUCGAACAAUCAAAGAAAAAUGAUACGACACCUGGAGGGCUGGGAGAGAAAGUUCGAGAAGGUGGGGCCAAUCAUGGUGAAGUCACAACAUCAUCUGAUGCAUCCAACUUUUUAGGGCACAACUGUUAUGUUGCACGGCCUAUAGUAGAUCCCAUUUGGAGGGGAACGUUAAAAUUUUGGGUCAAAAGUUUUGCCAGAGUUGGUGUACUUGUUGCCCAUAUGUCUAGCUUAGCAUGCUCAAAAGUGUAUGAGGAGGCAAAAUCGUUACCCGAGUCACUCCCUGUUGAAUUACUCUGUAGAUGUGAAAUAUGGCCUAGAGGAUUUGAGAAAUUAGGGCCAACUGAUCUAAGUAUUGCUCUUUAUUUCUUUCCAGAAGACGAAAGAAGCCAAAGGGCAUUUGAUCUUCUGGUCAAUGCAAUGAUGUGCAAGGACCUAGCCAUGAAAGCUGUCCUGAAAAAUGCUGAGCUAUUAGUUUUUACUUCGUCCAUGUUACCAAUGCGAUACUGGAGAUUUCAAACAAAGUACUAUUUGUGGGGUGUGUUCCGGGGAAAGCAAGCUGCACAACCAAGAAAUAAUGUGGCUUCUGAGACAAGUUUUACUGAGUCAUUACCUUAUUCGAACUAUGAGACCAACAAAAAUACAGUUGUGACCAAAAGGCGAUGAUGAAGAGGUCAGACAUGAGGUUAGGAAUGAUGUACAUAGUUCCUACCUGAUCUCAGCUCUUCUGAGGCCAUUUACGCAACUGUCCAAAGGUCUGGUUUUUGUGCUUCAAUGCCAUAUGCCAAGGAGAGAGGAGGCCACAUGAAGUUUGGGGGAAUGCCACCCUUUACUAGCCUUUUGUAGUUCUUUAACCUUUUGUUGGGAAUGGCUUUUGUCUUGUGGCUUUGGUUUACCUAUUUGUUGGUGAUAUGUGAUAGUAGAUUGGGAUGAUUAGAGCUCGAAAGAAAGGUCAAAGAAGGCAGGAAAAAA